GAAAGUUUUGCCUCAGCCAAGACACACGAAGCAAUUAUUUCGGAGCAAAACUAAUCGGAGUCUUCUCUAAACUACAUGUUGCCUGGCUAUGUCGCUACCCAACGAAACCUUCAACUACACCAACGACAACCAAAGCAUCAAAAACGAGGGCUGCUUUGUGAAUGAAUCAAAUGCUGUCAAAAUGGCCAGAAUCGUUCCUUAUUGCGUGCUACUAGUGGUUUCUCUUCUUGGAAAUACUGCGAUCAUUGCCGUGGUAUGGAAAGAACAGCGAAUGAGGAAAACUGUUAACUUUUUCAUCGUGAAUAUGUGUAUUGCAGACCUUCUAAUAACAUUAUACAUGCCUCGUUCGAUGUCUGUGUGGUAUGAUGGCUACAAAUGGCAGUUUUACGGUACACUAGGACUUGUGGUUUGUAAGUUCGCUGUUUUUAUGCAUCAAACUGCCAUUUGCGUCUCCAUCUUCACUGUAGUAGCCAUCAGCUUUGAUCGAUUUUUCGCUGUGAUAUUGCCGUUGAGGACCAUCAUUACGAUAAAAAUCAGUCGAAUCAUUAUUGCAAUGAUAUGGUUCUCUUCCGUUGUUAUUCGCCUGCCGAUGUUGUAUGGUCUUAACCUUAUUGACGCAAGUAACGGCGAAAAGAGUUGUUAUCUGUCAUUAGACGAUGUGUUUUACCAAGGAGCUGAGAAGACUUAUUACAAUUCUACUCUCAUUGGCCUGUUUGCUGUGCCUUUGGCAGUGAUAGCUGUGCUGUAUUCGGCCAUUUUGAUUUCCCUGAAACUACGAAAAGCGCCCGGAGAAGAAAUCAUGGGAAGAGAGCAAACAAGAGAUUCUCGGAUAAAAAAGAAAGUUCUUCGAAUGGUGUUGAUAGUAGUGGCUGUAUUUGUGCUCUGCUGGCUGCUCUACUUUGUCCAGCUCAUUUUAUUUUCGUACAAAAGCCAAGUGGGCUGCGAAGUUUUAUUUAUGAGAUUGUUUUUGGCUGAUCUGAACAGCGCAGUGAAUCCAUGUUUGUGCUUCGCUUUGAACGAGAACUUUCGUACAGGAUUGAAACGCAUUUUGAUUCGCUACGCGCUUUGUAGUCGUAUUCUCAGCGAGGAGAAUUUCUCGCAAAAGGUGUCUCCCGCAAGUACAAUGACUUUGUGGAAUACUCAACAUAAUAAUGAUAAGCAGAGUUGAAUAUACGGACAAGAAAACAGCGUAAAAAAACUAUUCGAAACGAAAGAAGUAUUCGAAUUACGUAACAACUGAGUAGCGUUCGAUGUUUUGUACAAGGCGUAGAAUUGAAGAAAAAGCACCCGAGUUUGACAAGAUGUUGACAAGAAAGAAUACGAGCCUCGAUGGUAAAAGCAAGAGUUAGACAAUUUUGACAUCGUUCUUUCCCUCAUCUCUUCUUUAAUUUAUGUUGAAUGUAAUCCAGGUGAGCAGACUGUCGAGUUAUUUCUCCCGGAGAAACUGCCCGCUGAAUUCACGACUGAAGGGGAAAGAAAUCUAUUCCGGCAAAUGCUAACACAUACCUGAAUCUCAUAAAGAUAUCUAGAACGUAACAGACACAUCCAAACACCGAGGAGUUCUGGGAGAAUUCAAGUUCCGAUAUGUGUCUGCUUUAAUUCACAUUUGACUCUUAACACCCUAACAUCAGUAUGCAUAUUCUCCAUACUGUUCACCAUAGGUUUCCUAAG